AUGUUCCGGAGCCUGCUGGUGGCGGCGGCGCAGCGGCCGCAGGGCCCGGCCGGGGCUCCCCGCGCUACCCCCGGGCCCGGGGCCGCGGCCGAGGCGCUGGAGGCUCAGUUCAGCUGCCCCAUCUGCCUCGAGGUGUUCCACCGCGCCGUCGGCAUCGCGGGCUGCGGGCACACGUUUUGUGGGGAAUGCCUGCAGCCCUGCCUGCAGGUGCCCUCCCCUCUGUGCCCGCUCUGCCGCGUGCCCUUCGAUCCCAAAAAGGUGGAGAAGGCUUCCAGCGUGGAGAAGCAGCUCUCGUCCUACAAGGCUCCCUGCAGGGGCUGCAGCAAGAAGGUGACCCUGGCCAAAAUGCGCUCUCAUGUCUCAUCCUGUGCCAAGGUGCAGGAGCAGAUGGCCAACUGCCCCAAGUUUGUUCCAGUUGUCCCCACAUCCCAGCCUAUUCCCAGCAACAUUCCCAACCGCUCCACGUUCGUGUGUCCGUACUGCGGAGCCCGGAACCUGGACCAGCAGGAGCUGGUGAAGCACUGCAUGGAAAACCACAGAAAUGACCCCAACAAAGUGGUGUGCCCAGUGUGCUCUGCCAUGCCCUGGGGGGAUCCCAGCUACAAGAGUGCCAACUUCCUGCAGCACCUGCUCCACAGGCACAAGUUCUCCUACGACACCUUUGUGGAUUACAACAUCGACGAGGAGGCAGCGUUGCAGGCAGCCCUGGCUCUGUCCCUCUCGGAGAACUGAGGCUGAUCCCUCUCCCUGCGCUGGCUCCUUCUACACACUCUGGGAUCCCUCCCACUGCUGCUCUGUUCCCGCUGCAAUUCCCACCUUGUUUAAGAAGGUGGAGCCUCUUCAGUUGUCAUAAUGAGUGAGCAGAGACCUCUGGAGAGAGGAGCUGGUGCCACAGGGCUAGGAUCAAUCCUUGGAUAGGAAUUGAAUAUCUGUGUUGAGAGCAUA